AUGUCUGCGCCCAUGGUUGUUAGAAAUUUUUGCGGAAUUUUAGGAAAAUGGACAAAAUUACCGGAAAUGGCCGUUGGGUGUAUUGGAAGUGUAAGGCAAGCGUCAAAGAAAGCAGGCGGUUCUACUAGAAAUAAAAAAGGCCCGACAAAAGGCAAACAUCGUGGACCAAAAGUAUUUGAGGGUGAAGAUGUUCAUGCAGGAGAGAUUGUUUUUCGGCAACUUGGGCUGAAAGUUUACCCUGGAGAAAACGUUGGCAUCGGGAGAGACCAGACAUUGUUUGCGUUGAAAGAUGGAAAAGUGGUAAUCUCAAAUGAAAAACUCUCACCGUACCCACACAGUCCUCUGUAUCCAGCAGUAAGUGCUGGGCGGAUACUUUAUAAGACAUUCUACCAUGUAAUUGCCAAACCAAGACCGGGAAGAUUCCGACUGGUGUCACAAACAUAGGGAAGAUAUUCAAUUGAUAGACACUUGCUCUAGUGACUGUGAUUCUUUUGUACAGGUGUUUCAUUCAUUGGAUUCUUUACACAGAAGAUUCUUCACUACACUUGCAGAGCUGCUUGAGACGUGGUGUCUCUUUCCUUGGGUUGAACUCACCAUAGCUUUAGGACUUAUAAGAUUCUGACCUGUGUCCCCCCUUAAGGAGUUGGCAGCCAAUAAGCCAUGUAGUUGGUGUAAAAAGUUUUGGGUUCACUUUUGUACAAAACAUAAUGAUUA